AAUGUGGAAGCGGAAGUCUCUCGCUUUAACUGCUGGAAGUGUUGUUGUUGUUGUUGAUCUGCCGUUUUGUUGACUACUAGUAAAUAGUUGAGUUGGUAGGAGGACGCAGGACGGGCGGAAGUCUUACGUAACGUGACGGGAGCGUCUUCAGACGACACGUAACUUCUCUCUUAUGUAGCCGCGGACACCGGAAACGUGACGUAACACAUCUGGAUAUUAACGUCACACAGAGAAGCUUCUGCUUCCGCGAGGCCGUGGCCCCUGCGAGCGAUGGAGGAGCUGUACACGCUGGAGAGGGAGGUGGGACGCGGCAGCUACGGCGUGGUCUUUGAGGGCCACGUGGCCAAAAGCGGACAGCGGGUGGCCAUCAAGCGGCUGCCCUGCAGCAGCCCCGAGUGCAUCGAGCUCUACCUGCAGGAGCUGUGGGCCAUGAGAGCCACGGCGAGGAGCCACGCCAACGUCAUCGCCCUGCACAGCUGCCUCCUGCAGACCGGGCCCCGGGACCUCAAGCCCCUGCGGCCGGGAGCCGUGCCGCUGCGUCUGGUCGAGAGCGCGCUGAAGGGCGCCGUGGUCGGAGCAGCGCGACGCCGGGACGACGCCCCGCGCAGCAGCAGCAGCAGCGGCGGCGGCGUCGUCUCUAGACUUCGGGACUGGACGAACUCGAGUCGAGACCAGACGGAACCAAGUCUGUCCGGGCCCACGACCCCAAAAAGGCUCCCGAGCAGAGCCAGGAAGAGGGCGGCCCCGAGGGAAGAAGAGCCGCCACCGCUGCCGCGCUGCCUGGCCCUGUGGCUGGUGAUGGAGUACUGCGACGGGGGCGACUUGAAUCAGUACCUGCUCUCCAGGCCGCCGGACGGCGAGCGCAACCGCAGCGUGGUGCGACAGCUGUGCAGCGCCGUGGCCUUCCUGCACGGUCUGGGCAUCACGCACCGAGACCUGAAGCCCGACAACGUGCUGGUGUGCGUGACGCAGAGGGGCCCCGUCGUCAAGGUGGCGGACUUCGGGCUGAGCAAGGUGAGCGGAAGCCCGCUGCGCGGCGAGCCCACCGGCCAGCACUUCUCCUCCACCUGUGGCUCCGACUUCUUCAUGGCUCCGGAGGUGUGGGGCGGGCGGGCCUACACGGCGCAGGCCGACAUCUUCUCCCUGGGGGUGAUGAGCUGGGCCGUGCUGGAGAGGAUCACCUUCCUGGCAGAAGGAGCCUCGCAGGAACAGCUGGGUGGCGCCAUGGAGGACAAGAUGAACGAGGCCAACGUGAAGGUCGCUGUGCGAGUGCGACCGAUGAACCGGAGAGAAAAAGACCUACAGACCAAAUGUGUGGUGGAGAUGGAGGGGAACCAGACCGUCCUGCAUCCGGCCACCACCAACGUCAGCAAAGGAGACGCCCGAAAUCAGCCAAAGGUCUUCGCCUAUGACCACUGCUUCUGGUCCAUAGAUGAAGCUCAGAAGGACAAGUUUGCAGGUCAGGACGUGGUGUUCCAGUGCCUCGGGGAGAGCCUGCUGGACAACGCCUUCCUGGGCUACAACGCCUGCAUCGUGGCGUACGGACAGACAGGCUCUGGGAAGUCGUACACCAUGAUGGGCUCGGCGGAGCAGCCCGGUCUGAUCCCCCGGCUCUGCAGCUCCCUGUUCAGCAGGACGGUGGCGGAGGCCCGCGAGGGAGAGUGCUUCACCGUGGAGGUCUCCUACAUGGAGAUUUACAACGAGAAGGUCCGAGACCUGCUCGACCCCAAAGGACAUCGACAAGCGCUGCGAGUGAGGGAGCACAAGGUGAUGGGGCCGUACGUGGACGGCCUGGCGCGCCUGGCGGUGUCCUGCUACAAGGACAUCGAGUCUCUGAUGUCGGAGGGGAAUAAAUCUCGCACGGUGGCGGCGACCAACAUGAACGAGGAGAGCAGCAGAUCCCACGCCGUGUUCAACAUCAUCCUCACGCACACCCUCACGGACCUCCGGUCCGAGACCAGCGGGGAGAAGGUGAGCAAGCUGAGCCUGGUGGAUCUGGCUGGCAGCGAGCGGGCGGCGAAGACCGGAGCGGCGGGCGAGCGACUCAAAGAAGGCAGCAACAUUAACAAGUCCCUCAGCACUCUGGGCUUGGUUAUCUCUGCCUUGGCUGACCAGGGAGGAGGGAAGAACAAGAGCAAGUUCGUUCCCUACAGAGACUCUGUGCUCACCUGGCUGCUCAAGGACAGCCUGGGGGGGAACAGCCGCACGGCCAUGGUCGCCACCAUCAGCCCCUCGGCGGACAACUACGACGAGACCCUGUCCACCCUGCGCUACGCCGACCGGGCCAAGAGCAUCGUCAACCACGCCGUCGUCAACGAGGACCCCAACGCCAGGAUCAUCCGAGAGCUGCGCGAGGAGGUGGAGAAGCUGAAGGAGCAGCUCACGGAGGCCGAGUCCAUGAAGGCCCCCGAGCUGAAGGACCGGCUGGAGGAGUCCGAGAAGCUGAUCCAGGAGAUGACGGUGACCUGGGAGGACAAGCUGACGAAGACCGAGGCCGUUGCGCAGGAGCGGCAGAGGCAGCUGGAGAGUCUGGGUAUCUCCCUGCAGUCCUCCGGCAUCCGAGUGGUGGACGACAAGUGUUUCCUGGUCAACCUGAACGCCGACCCCGCCCUCAACGAGCUGCUGGUCUACUACCUGAAGGAGCACACGCGUGUGGGCUCGGCCGACUCGCAGGACAUCCAGCUGUGCGGGAUGGCCAUCCAAGCCGAGCACUGCGUCAUCGACAUCGGCGAGGACGACGGCGUGGUGCUCGGGCCUCACGGCAACGCUCGAACGUGUGUGAACGGUGCUGCCGUCUUCAGCCCCGUGCAGCUUCACCACGGCGACCGCAUCCUGUGGGGCAACAACCACUUCUUCAGAAUCAACCUGCCGAGACACAUGGUCCACGCGGGGGACGAGGACGGCGGCGGCGCCAUGAAGACGUGUUUGAGCACAGACCGGCUGGAGGUGGACUUCGACGCGGCGAGCGACGCGUCGAGCGAGCUGAGCUGCGGCUACGAGUUCGCUCGGGCCGAAGUCAUGAUGAAGGGCAUGGGCCACAACGACCCUUUGCAGGCGGUGUUACAGACCCUCGAGAGGCAGCACGAGGAGGAGAAGCGCUGCGCUCUGGAGCGCCAGAGGCAGAUGUACGAAGAGGAGCUGCAGCACCUGCGCCGCCGGCUGGCGCCGGAGCGGCCCGAGACCGCGGGCCCUUCGGCCGGCCCGCCGCGGCGCGCGCGGCGCUGGAGCGAGGACCGAGAGGCGUUGAUGACCCGCAGCCUGCGGCGCCUCAGGGAGCAGAUCGUCCGCGCCAACCUGCUGGCACAGGAGGCCGGCUUCAUUGGCGAGGAGAUGAGCAAGAGGACGGAGUACCUGGUCACCCUGCAGAUACCUGCUGCCAACCUGGACGCCAACAGGAAGCGAGACGUAGUUUUGAGUGAGCCGGCCGUCCAGGUUCGCCGUAAAGGUAAAGGGAAGCAGAUCUGGGCUUUGGAGAAGAUGGAGAACAGGCUGGUGGACAUGAGGGAGCUCUACCAGGAGUGGAAGGACUUUGAUGAAGACAACCCAGUGAUGCGCUCCUACUUCAAGCGCGCCGACCCGUUCUUCGAUGAACAGGAGAACCACAGUCUGAUCGGAGUGGCGAACGUUUUCCUCGCCUGCCUGUUCCACGACGUCAGGCUGCAAUACGCCGUGCCCGUCAUCAACCAGAAGGGGGAGGUGGCGGGUCGGCUCCACGUGGAGGUGUGGCGGCGGACAGACGGCCACGAGGAGGGAGGUCCGGGGGCGUCUGACCCCCAGCAGAGCGACACGGACGGAAACCCAGAGGAGCGGCGGCUGCACUGUGCGGUGAAAAUCCUGCGCGCCGCCGGUCUGCCUCGCCACCUGUCCAACUUCGUCUUCUGUCAGUACCACUUCUGGGGGCAGGAGGAGUCAGUGUUCAUCGCUCCGGAUAUGCAGCCGUGCUCCUCGUCCUCCCCCACAGACCCGGAGUGCACCGUGGUCUUCGACAGCACCAAGGAGUUUUCUGUGCCGGUGUCGGAGGACUUUUUGGAGUACUUGUCCGAGGGGGCAGUGGCCAUCGAGGUGUACGGCCACAAGCAGGCCAACCACCGCAGGAACCUGGCGCUGUGGGACCUCGGCGUGAUCCAGGCUAAGACACGCACACUGCGAGAGAGGUGGAGCGAGGUGACCCGACACCUGGAGCUCUGGGUUCAGCUGAUGGAGCUGAACGAGGCGGGAGAGUUCACAGCCGUAGAGGUGCUUCCUGCCAAAGACGUUCGCACAGGAGGAGUCUUCCAGCUCAGACAGGGUCAGUCCCGUCGUGUCCAGGUGGAGGUCCGCUCCGUACCGGACUCGGGCACCAUGCCCCUCGUCGCUGCCUCCAUCGUCUCCGUGUCCAUCGGAGACGUUAAAGUCCGACCGAUCUCCAAAGAAUCACAACAGGGUGGGGAUGAAGAAAUGGACAGCUACCAGGAGGCGGACCUGGAGCGGCUGAGGGCGCACUGGCUGCACAUGCUCACUCAGAGGCAGGAGUACCUGGACCAGCACCUGCAGAAGAUCGUUGGCAAAGCAGAUAAGUCUGAGGACGACGUGGAGAGGGAGUCCCAGCUGCUGGAGUGUCGCCUCACGCUAACCGAAGAACGCAACGCCGUUCUCGUGCCGGCGGCUGGCAGCGGCAUCCCCGGAGCGCCGGUGCAGAGGGUCCCUGCGCCCGGGAUGGAAACGCACAUUCCGGUCCUGUUCCUGGACCUCAGCGCUGACGAUUUCCAGUCCAGUCUGCCGGCCCCGUUGGCGGGGGGGAUGGACGCGCUGCUCAGUGGGGAGGAGGAGGACGACUUCUUUGACCUUCACAUUGUCAAACACUAUGACCCAGAGGUGAAGGCGGAGGCCUCCUGGGACUCGACAGUCCACGAGUGCCCCCAGCUGAGUCGCGCGGCGUCGGCGGCGGGCGACCAGAGGGUGUACCUGACGGUCAGCGCGCUGGUCCAGCUGAGCCACCCGGCCUACAUGCAGCUGGUGCUCAGGAAGCGCGUCUGCGUCAACGUCAGCGGGAGGCAGGGUUUCGCCCAGAGCCUCCUGAAGAGGAUGUCUCAGCGCAGCAGCAUCCCCGGCUGUGGAGUCACCUUUGAGAUCGUUUCCAACAUCCCAGGCGACAUCCACGGCCCGGAGGACCGGGAGAUGCUGGCCAGGCUGGCCGCCAGCACCGAGGAUGACCAGUCCGCCGACAGCGAGGCGGCCAUAGAGAAAUACCUGCGCAGCGUCCUGACCGUGGAGAACGUCCUCACUCUGGACAGACUCAGACAGGAGGUGGCUGUGAAGGAACAGCUGGCAGUCAGCAGCAAAGCGUCCAGGCGCUGCCGGAGCUCGCCGAGCGUCAACCGGCUGUCAGCCAGCAGUCUGGAUCUCUACUCUCCUCACAGGCUCAAUGGCUUCAAGGGCUGGGAGAGCCACCAGGACCUUUCUUUUGUGCCUCCGUCAUCUAGACGCACGCUGCCCAGCUCCAUUUCCCACCACCUGAACCCAGAGACCGUGCAUUCAGGCUUUGCUGCAUCGUGUGUCCCCCCAGUGAAGGCCGUGCCGAUGCUGCUGAAGUCUCUGCUUCCUGGUGGGGACCAGACAGCUGUCAAUCAUCAGCAGGUUCCUCGCAUCGUGGUGCAAUCGGCCAGCGUGGACGAGGACUUGAGCAAACAUCAGCAGUCAGUUCCCAUUGAGGAAAUCAUUCCUCUGGAUUUCCAACGCGAGACCCCCAGAUCCGUCCCCCUCCCGCCGCCAAUCAUCCCAGAGGCAGAAGAGUCCUCCCCCAGCCCAUCGAGCGGGUACAUGUCUCCGGCCACGCUGUCCGACGUGUACACGCUGAGCUGGGACCUGCCUGAGUCCACCAGCGGCUUUGAGGUGGUGCCGGAGGAAGACGAAGGCGAUAUGGACUCCCAGUCCAUUCACGUGGACCAAUCAGAGCCGCUGCUGCUUCUGGAAGAUGAGACGGCUAAAGACCGGACUGACUCUCUAUCGGAGUCCUACCCCAACAAAGAACCCCAACAGCCUCCGUCAGCCCAGGUGAUGGAGCGAGGAGACGCUGAAUCAGCUGUUUUGAACAAACCGAAGCGAGACUCGGCCAUCGACCUCGUCGAAUCAGAGCCACUUAAAGAUCCUUCGUUGGCACCAGAGACAGAAACCAAGCGGACAGACGCUUCACCAACAGUCCCCCUGAAACCACUGAGCCCUCCGGCAGUAGAACUCCAGCCGGCGGCCACAGAGGAGACGGAAUCUGGACCGCUUGCUGAAGGUCAAGUCGUCCCACAGCAGCUCAAACUAGACCAAAGACCCGAAGACCCGGCUCCACAUCUGGUCCCAGAUGUGUCUGCAGCCUUGGUUCCAGUGCCCGUCCCUUCUGAAGAGUUGGCUCGUCUCCCGUCGUCCAAAGAGCGAGCCUCAAACCCAAGUGGCACCACCGAAGAAGAGACACCUGCCGGUGCGUCAGAGAAAGCCCUCACAGCCCCGCUAGCGAACCCCUUCAAGAUCCACAAAGUGAAGUCUUCGGACCUCCAGUCCUUCCAGCGUGUGGUGGCCGAUGGGGAGGAGGGAAAGGCGGCUCCGGUGCACCGGGCCGGCAGCCUCAGCCUCUCGGCGCCGAUGGAAAGCCUGGAAAUGGUCUCCGACUCUGAGGAAGGAGAUGCUCUGGCCGUUCUUCCCGACUGGCUGAAAGAAGGGGAGUUUGUGACCGUGGGGAACAACAAGAGCGGCACCGUCCGGUACGUCGGCCCCGCGGACUUUGCCGAAGGGCUCUGGGUCGGUGUGGAGCUGGAGGUACCAGCAGGGAAGAACGACGGUUCAGUGGGAGGCAAGCACUACUUCCACUGUAACCCCGGUUACGGCGUGCUGGUGAGGCCGGACAGGGUGAGCCGGGCCGCCGGGAAGCGCCGCCGCCAACAGCAGAAGCGCUUCAGCGCCGACCUGUCUGGAUCCAGCCCCAACCUGGCAGCCCUCACCGCUCUGGCCAAAGGCGAAGGGGCAGCGAGCGGCCGCCACAAAAGAGAGAACCGCAAGUCGUGGAACAACUGAGCGGCUCGCGAUGUGUCGAACCCGGACGGAGCGAAACACGGCGCCGUCUAGUCAGGGAUCCAUUUCACCUGUUCAUCGAUGCAAAGAUCACCCUCUUCUCAGUGACUUCAACUUGCCAGGCUAAGGAAUGCUAAGCUAAGCUACAACGCGUGUGAGAUGUUUAUAUUAAGUUCUACUCAGCCGUCGUGCCUUGAUGGACCCGACCUGCUGUCGGCGGGUUGAUCGGUUUUAUUUGAGCUUGUUUUGUUUCCUUUCUGUGUAAAUCGUCUGUUUUAGGAAAAAAAAAAGUUGCACUCACUUUUCUGACAUUCUACUGAAGUUUUAAUCAACGUAUUACAAUUGAUAAGCGACUCAUUUUUAAGGGGAAUAAUGUUUUUCACGACUUUGGAAUAAUAGGGUGUGGUGAUUGUCAAAUAAUCAAUUUUAUACUAAAUCGGAUUGCUUAUUUAUUUCCAGAUGUCGAAAAGAAAAAUCACCUUUUAUAUUGUAAAAUUUCAUUCGACUGUGAUCAACCUUUGUGGAGUAAAGACUAAUGAACAGUC